AUGGCAACCUCCUCUGAAGCUGCCGCUUCCUUCUUUAGUUUUCUCCCACCAGUAACCAAGAAACUAACUCGUAGCAACUACAACAUGUGGCUUGCUCAAGUCACAGCCACUCUGCAGGGCGCUCAGCUCUGGAGUUUCACCAAACCCACCACCAAACCCCCUCCUGAGUUUCUUGAGGUCGACGCCGCCGCUGCUGCGGCGGCGGGCAACAAGGCGGAACCGGCCGUCAAUCCGGAAUAUGAGAAGUGGUUGGCCAAGGACAGCCAAGUCCGCAGCUACCUCUUCACAUCCCUCUCCGAGGACACCUUCUCCCAGGUCGCGGACGCGACCACGGCGGCCGAAUUGUGGGCCGCAAUCCAGACGCUCCAAGCGUCCCAGUCCCGCGCCCGGAUCAUGUCCACGCGGAUGGCACUCGCCACGGCAACCAAGGGGUCGUCAACCGUGGCGGAAUUCUUCACCAAGAUGAAGGGCUUGGCCGACGAGAUGGCGUCGGCGGGCAAGAAGCUGGACGACGAUGAGGUCGUCUCCUACAUCCUCAUGGGUGUUGGAGAGGAGUUCGAGUCGGUUACAUCUGCGGUUGCAAACCGUACCGACCCGAUUUCUCUCCCAGAGCUCCAGGCUCAGCUCGUGAGCCAUGAACAACGCCGUGAGAUCCGCGAUGGCGGCUCCCACUCCUCCGUCAACUCUGCAGAAAAGGGCGGCCGUCGUGGUGGUCGUCCUUCCUAUUCCCGUGGCGGCCGUGGUGGUGGUGGUCGCGGCGGCUUCGGGCGUGGCCGCAACAGCGGUCGGAAUGGUGGUCGUGGUGGUGGCCACAACAACAACAACAACUUCACCAACAACACCUUUCUCGAAGGUGUGAUCUGCCAGAUUUGUGGCAGGGAAGGCCAUGGUGCGGAUCGCUGCUACAAGUAUGUCGGCUACCCACCAAAGAAGUGUGCAUCCGCAGCAACAACCUCCUACGGCGUGGACACCAACUGGUACAUGGACACUGGUGCCACGGACCACAUCACUAGCGAGCUAGAUCAACUUACAAUCCGCGAUCGCUACAACGGCAACGACCAUGUACACACCGCUAGCGGAUCAGGUGAAACAAGCACAUGCACAAAUGGGAUCGGCUUCCUCUCCGGAUCGCUAACGACUUCAGGCGCAGCUGCGAGUCUAUCAGGCCCUCCUCCAACCAUUGGAGAUGCGGCCUUGUCAGGGCCAACCGCUGACCCCGUCGCAUCCGAUCCAUCUUCGUCGCAGCAGCAUGCAGCUGCCCAACCAGAUUCGACCAUGGAGUCUGGAACGCCUAUUUCUGGACUCGGUGGUGCUUCGUCGCAACAUCAUGCGGUCGCACAACAAAAUUUGGCCUCAGAGUUUGGAAUGCCUAUUCCUGGACUUGGUGCAGCUUCAUCGCAGCAGCAUGCGGCCGCACAACCAAAUUUGGCCGUGGAGUCUGGUGCGUCUAUUCCUGAACUUGGUGCGGCUCCUACAUGCACGUCUGCACCGACUCCCUCUAUUCCAGUACCACCUCGUCCUGCCACUCGUUCUCAGCAUGGAAUUCUGCAGCCUAAGCGCCGCACUGACGGCACUGUCCGCUGGUGUAACCUUGCCACGACAGAAGAGCCAUCGUCUGUUGAUGAUGCCAUGCAAGAUAAACGUUGGUCUAUGGCUAUGGAUGAAGAACAUCGUGCUCUUCUCAAUAAUCACACUUGGCAUUUGGUCCCACCUCCACGUGGCAAGAAUGUCAUUGGAUGCAAAUGGGUGUACAAGAUCAAAAAGAGAGCUGAUGGUCAAGUUGAACGGUACAAGGCGCGUUUGGUGGCCAAAGGUUAUCGACAACGCUAUGGUCUUGACUAUGAGGACACUUUCAGUCCGGUUGUCAAAGCUGCAACAAUUCGCAUUGUUUUGGCUGUAGCUCUAUCCAGAGGAUGGUCUCUUCGCCAAUUGGAUGUCAAAAAUGCUUUUCUUCAUGGUGUCCUUCAAGAGGAAGUGUAUAUGCAUCAACCACCUGGCUAUGUUGACUCCAAGUAUCCAGGCUAUGUUUGCAAACUAGACAAAGCUAUUUAUGGCCUAAAGCAAGCUCCUCGAGCAUGGCAUGCUCGUCUUUGUGCAAAACUUGAGUCUCUUGGAUUUGUUCCUUCCAAGGCAGAUGCAUCACUCUUCUACUUCAACAAGGGACGUGGAAGCAUCAGUGAAACACCGUGCAUCACUGAGUGUCUCACGGAACCUGCAAAGAGUUUUGUUGUUUUGCAUGUGCUGGAAGUUGCUCUGGGGCGCACUAGCAAUGGCUCUUCUUAUGAGUCUCCAGAUGAAAGUUUUAAUGACUGGAGAGAUGUUUUUACAGUUCCAGACACGUUUGAGGAUGCCCAUCGCUUCAUUUGUGAUACUUCUGGGGCCUUGGUUUGGGAGCUGAAACCUGGACAUAUUGUUAAGAUUGAUUAG